UUGAAAUAAUGUUUAUUAAUUAUGAAGUUAUGAAAAAUACUGAUAACAUUCCACCAAUGAGGCAACUAGAGGACGAUUUGGUCAUUUGACUGCAGGAAACUACUAUAAGGAAUUUGAAAUGAUUUAUAAUUAUACUUUUGAUACUAAAGUAUAUUUUAGCAAUUACAUUAACCUUUGAUACUUAAGUAUCUUAAAAUCAAAUACUUAAAAACAUUUACUCAAGUAGUAUUUUACUGGGUGACUAACACAUUAACUUGACUCAUUUUCUAUUAAGGUAUCUUUACUUUUACUCAAGUAUGACAAUUGUGUACUUUUUCCACCACGUAAUAGUUGCUCUCAGAGCAAGCUGUCCGUCAUUUCAAAAUGUCUCUCCAGCACCAAAAUUAGAAUACGUCGUGACGCUAUGCGUAAUGUUUAGUUCGUCCCCUAUGGUGAAUGAAGAAUCCGCUAUCCAAUUGUGGCACUGCCGUUGUCGAAAACAGCAACAUUGUUUCCUUCUGUAGACAAAGGUGCCUCGACAACCCGAUAAAUUACUGAAUAGUCAUCCAGUUCUGUGGCUUCUUGGUGAAGACAUGGAAAAACAACCGAGGUUGUUGGCAUCCCAACUCCUACUGAAAAACAGCUUAUUCGAAGUGUCGUUAAACCGUGUGCUUCUGACAUGGAAAGAGAUUCCGACCAAGAAAAAACGCGUUUCUGGGGGCAUACAUCACCCAUUUAAAGUCGCUGGUCCGCGUAGUGCGACUGCGGCCCUGGCUUGGAUAGCCUCGCUAUGUCGGGUCAAUUGGAUGGCACACAAUUUGGCCUCGGAGUUCUUCUUUAUGAGCUGGCUGACAUUUUUCAUCACCUCACAAGGUACCAGCCACGGUGUGUCAGUGUCUGAGAUCCUAGCAGUCAGGGAGCUCGACGUGGACAGCGGGAGGAAAGAUGACGGCAGGUGGCAGAAAAUGCCUCAGAAAUCGACUGAGGCCUAUCCAUAUGCAUUCACAGUGUCCUAUGUGGAGAGAGCAUGGCAGCACCGCUGGCGGUGUAGUGACGUCACCUUUCACUGUCUAGAGGGGGCACUGUGUCAGCAGUGGGUCCAGACCAUCAGAGAGCAGCUCACAGCACUGACCAGCAGACCCAAGCAUUUGCUGGUGUACAUCAACCCCUAUGGGGGCAAGCAGCAAGGCGAGCGUAUUUACGAGCAGAAAGUCGCCCCUCUCUUCACCCUUGCCUCCAUCUCCACGGACGUGAUUGUUACAGAGCAUGCCAAUCAUGCCAGGGACCACCUGAGGACAGAGGCUGAGUUGAAGCAAUAUGAUGGAGUGGUGUGUGUGGGCGGGGACGGCAUGUUCAGUGAGAUGGUUCACGGCCUGGUCUCCAGGACCCAGAGGGACAACGGCGUGGACCAGAACAGCCCGGAGGAGAAGCUGGUACCCUGUACUCUGCGCAUCGGCAUUAUACCCGCAGGUUCGACGGACUGCAUCUGCUAUGCAACUGUAGGCAUCAACGACCCUGUGACCUCGGCCUUACACAUCAUAGUGGGAGAUGCCCAGCCAAUGGACGUGUGCUCGGUCCAUCACAACAACACAUUCCUGAGGUACUCUGUGUCCUUGCUUGGGUAUGGUUUCUAUGGCGACGUGCUGGCAGACAGUGAAAGGAAACGAUGGAUGGGACCAGCCAGAUACGACUUUUCAGGUUUUAAGACGUUUCUCACACAUCACUACUAUGAAGGGACUGUGUCUUUUCUACCUGCAACUGACAUAUUGGGAACUCCACGAGACAAGACCAGGUGUAGAGCUGGGUGCUUCAUAUGCCAACACAACGGACAGCUGUAUUCCGAGGAUGCCCCAGAGAUUUGCGAGACUGAUCCAGAUGUUUCAGACAGUGAAUACAAAGGGGGGUGGCGGGUGAUCAGAGGGAAGUUCCUGGCCAUCAACGCGGCCAGUAUGAGCUGUGCCUGUCCCCGUAGCCCCAAGGGCCUGUCCCCCGCUGCCCACCUCGCUGACGGCACCACCGACCUAAUCCUUGUACGCAAGUGCUCCCGAUUCAACUUCCUGCGCCACCUGCUACGCCACACCAGCAAAUACGACCAGUUUGACAUGACCUUUGUAGAAGUGCACCGUGUGCGGCGCUUCCGCUUCACGCCACGCUACUGCCAAAGUGACUCCGAGUUGGACCUGAGGGAGAAUGGCAAGAGGCUCUUCAGCCAGAUCUGCCGAGACCACCCGGCCUGCAGCUGUAGCCCUGCCUACAGCAGCUGGAACUGUGACGGCGAGAUCCUCCCCCAUGCUGCCAUUGAAGUCGGAGUGCACUGCCAGUUGAUCAAGCUGUUUGCGCGAGGGAUCGAAGAGCAGCCUGUGUUUGAGGACCUUCCCAACCCGUGUGCAGUAUAGAUCCCCCAUCUGCUGCCCUACCCUAUGAAAGUCACUGGAACAGUCCGACUGCAUUUCAAAGGCUACUGCUGUCAUAUCCUUACCCCUGUGCACUACCUUUUUCUGAUGUACUUUGAGGUCUUUCAGACAUCUUUUCUGGGGCCAUUUUUGUUUGUCUGUCACAUUUUAGAGGUCACAAGUUCACAGGUCAAAGAGUACUGGUGAUGGUACACUUACAGAGAGGUUCACUAUCCACAUCCACUAUACUGAAGAAGAAAUCAUAAAUACUAAGCGGUAUUGAAUGUAGUUCUUUUCCGCUCUCCUUUUUCAAUAGAGCGAUGUUAACCUAGCAAUUAACAUGCUGUUCAACAUUUAUAGAACUCCUCUUUGCACGUUUUACAAUGUAUGCUGCUCCAAAUUAUGAAUAACUGUUACAACGUUUUGUUUAUUUAUUCAUUUAGAGAAAAACAUUUAAUUAGAGGAUGUUUGAAUUUUGCUAGCUGCUUGCACUUUUGUUUCAAAUAGGCCGUAUGCGUUUUGACCUUAUAAGCAAUGCCUUGUUAGAAGUUAUUUCACAGCACCUAAAAGGCAUGAAUUUGAAUACAUAUGUAUUGAUGGUCGGAUAUUGGGUGAACCAGAACUCUCUAGGGCAGUGUUUCCCAACUCCAGUCCUCAAGUACCCCCAGCAGUACAUUAUUUUUAUUGUGGCCCCGAACAAGCACAACUGAUUCUACUUUGACAAUUGAACCAGGGGCCUCAUUUAUCAACCGUGCAUACAUGUCUUACUUAGUUCUGAGGUACGUGGAGAUUCUAGGAUUGUUGUCAUUGUUAAAUCAGAGCCAUACUAUAUUUGUGGGCUUGUGAACGAGCACUAAAACCUGACUUGGAAAACGCCCCUCCAUUCACAUUUUAUGGUAAGAAAAAUUCCCAGAUUUGCUGUAUGUUUUGGAGAUUCUGGAGCUGAGCCAGGAUAGUUUCUAAAAAGAAAUCGCAAUAGCACAUUUCAUCACAUUCCUGUAGAUGUGUGUGCAGAAUGUAUUUUUUUUUUAAAUCUUGUGCAGUGACAUAUGCCUCCUAUCGCGAGUGCCAAAAACUGUCCAUGCGUACUGCAAGAUUGAUUGUCCUUUCAAACAAUUUAAAAGUAAAUGCUACAGCCCACACUUCUAUGCAAAAUGCUAAUUGUUGUUCAAUAUUUUGUUUAUCAAUAGAUGAUUGUGUUUCUAUCUCCUGCCUUGGUAUAGGCUCUGAGAUGAAUAGGCUAUUAUGUCUCGCUCCUGUCGCAAAGCAAUACUGUGGCCUACACAUACUGUCAUAUAGGCUACCGGUCUAUUUACUUUUGAGCAUGGUUGGCUAUUGAAUGAGUGAUGGAUAAAUGGAAGCCUAAUAUUUGUUGCGUAGCGGGAAUAAACCAGUCAUCAGAAAAGGAGAGAUGUCCUGCAAUAUGAUUUAGGUAUAUAUAAUAAAAGUUAAAGAAAUAUAUUAGGCAACAUGCUGCUAUGCGAUCUUCAUACCAAUGGCAAAUGCAUCUGUGUUAUCAUUAGACCAACUUUUUAAUGUUUUUGUUCGCCUAACAUUCUUAGAAUUCCUGUGCAUCAAACACCUCAAUUUCCCCCAAAAUAACCAAUAUUUGCUUGCAAUACCACUAGAUCAACCACUAGAAGUUGCAUGGUUUGAGAUUUGCGUGGAGCUAUGCACGCUUUCCCAUCAUGUUCAAAAUGGGUAAAUACCAAUCUUUUUGGGAAAACUGGCGGAUGCAAGGUUUAUUCUUCUUUGUGCGCACGCAUUUUGAUAAAUGAGGCUGCAGUUGUAUUUGUCUGGGGCUACAACAAAAAUGUGUGCUGUUGGGGGUACUCGAAGACAGGAUUUGGGAAACACUGCUCUAGGGGUACCAGAUACCAGCCAGACUCUCACCUUAGAGAAGUUAGAUAUUUGUUUUAAAUUUACAAACAAAUCUGAAUUUUGAAUGUAAAUGGCAUGUUUUUGAAGGGUCCAGACACUUUUUUUUUUUUCACGUGUUUGUGAGAAACCCCAAAAAGUGAUUCAAUUCCUCAUCCUCGUUGUGCAAUACGGGUGCUCUGAAAAAAAAAACAUGAGUAAAUGCUCCAAAUGCGUAAUCUUUUAAACGAAAAUGCUCUCAGUAUAGUAAUGCAGGUCUUUAGAUAUUGUACACAUGUGAUUGUGUCAUUCUGAACUUUUCCGCAACGUUAUAUUCAAUUUUGUGAGACUAGCGUUUCCCAUAUCCAGUUGUUCCAUUAUCCAUGUAGCCUGCUGCUAGAAUGGACGGAGAGGUAUCACUCCAGUCGCAACAAAAUGGAAUAUAACGUUGCGAAUAAAGUUCAGAAUGACACAACUUCAUGUGUACAAUAUUGGAAUUUGGCUUCUAGGUACCCUCGUUAAGGCCAGAAGUCACUAAAGCAGGUCUUAGUAACUGGUAUCUGGGCCUUUGAGCCAUAAAAUUGGCCAAUGGUGUCCUUAAGCGAUUAAGAUGUUUCAAAUGUGUAGUCUAUUCAACCCCUCCUCUGGUGGUAGAUUUUCUGCGAAUCUUUUAGAGGAACGUGUCCAUCUCCCCUCUAUCCAAAUGUCUAUCUAAUAAAUCUUUAAAAAUAGAAGUUGUUCACGUCAUCUUUUCCAUACAGCAUUUCUCCACACCUUGAACUGUUUUCAAUUCGAAAGACCUCACUAUACUGGGAGCUUUCCGGUUUCUAAAAGGACUUAUUUGGAGCAUUUUGUCAUGCUUUCUCAGAGCUCCUGUACUGCACAACAAGGAUGAGGAAGUGAAUUGCUGGUUGGGGUAAAAAAAUAGAGACAUAAAAAAAUACAUUGUCCUUUAAUGUGACAUUGAAACAAACCAUCACCAAAUCUAAUGGUACACAAAAUGUCCAGACUGGCAAGAUUCACAUGGGAUGCUGAAAACUCAACAAUGUAGCUCACCAUAAAAAUAGUAGCUUUAGGCACAUUUUACCAAGCGAUCUGCCAUAUCUGAGGUAUAGCAGUUAAAGGAAAAUUGCACCCAAAAACUAUCUUUUGACAUUUGUUUCAUUAGUCCAUUGUUGAUAUUGUCUCAAUGUUUUGCAUGUCAGCAAUCAAGUUUUCAAGAUGUAUAACUUUCAAAAUACAGAAAUACAGCCGAUAUGAUGCAUUUUGCAUCAACUCAUGCGUUUUGCAUCAUACGGCUGUAUUUCUGAUUUUGAAAUUUAAGAUGUCUAACUUGAUUGCUGACAUGCAAGACAUUUUGGGACUAUAUCAAACAAUGUACUAAUGAAGCAAAUACUGAAAGAUUGUUUUUGGGUGGAGUUUCCCAAAAAGGUUACUGGUUCGAUUCCCCGACUAGUUGAGAAAUCUGUUGAUUUUUUUUUUUCCUUGAGCAAGGAACCAUAAUUUCUCCUGUAAGUUGCUCUGGAUAAGAGCAUCUGCUAAAAUUACAAAAAAUUGAAACGCUGUCAGAAAACAGUGUUUGGUGCUUGGUGCCCUGCAUAUCAUAUAAUCCCGUGCUGCACAUACUAUGCUGGGUGUCACUGCCCUCCGCACUGUCACGCUGGUCUUGCUGCUGCGGACUAGGAAAAUUGUAGCAGUUGCUGAACGUGAAUAUGCUGUGACAACAGUGACUAGCAAACACCACAUGGCUGUUUGCUAGUCUCAACUGUAUGCUACGGUGACGUAGCUUGGUUUAGACUCAUUGUGCAGUGAUUUUUUACUUUGGCAUCCUCAUUUGUGAGGAAUCUUGGCUGCUUUCACAAUUCCUUUCUGACCAUGCACUCUCCUCUCUGAAUUGUCCACCAGGCAGCCAUCAGGCAGAUGGUCGUCCAUCCAUCCAAGAUCCUUUUAGCUUUAGCUCGGCGGAACAGAAUUACGCCGAUUCAUCAUCCACAGUGACAUACACCCCUCCACCAGCACUAGGCACCCAUUCAGUUUGGCUCACUUCCAGGCCCAUUAGAAACUCUAUCAGCGGGGCCACUCUUAAUGCUGCAUUCUUAAUCUUGGAGGUGCCCCCCUCAUUUAUGCCGACCCGCUUUACAUUAUAGGAGUGCUGACUGUAGCAGAGUGCGGCUCCCCUAUGGAGGGGAGAGCAGUGUGCGUGUGUCUGAGAGGCCAUUACUCCACUAGAAAUUGUGGGGCCCUAGUCGUCACCCCUAAGGAGUGUGUGUGUGGUGUCAGUACAGCGCUAUAGGAAGUGCAGUGUAAACGCAGCCACGGCAUGGCAGAGGAGGCUUCAUGAGGCUCAGCACUGCGUAGCACUGAUCAACUCUGUCUUGUAAGGGUUCUCAGUGCAAGAGUAAUGACACCACACACACACACACCGCAGACUCUCGUUUAGGUUACAACUGAUAUCCUGAUUUAUUGGUAUGUUUUUACCAAUAAAACCCUAAACAAGC